CACCUCUGCCAGUGCAGGCCAGCACAGUUUGACAGCAAAGACUCACGAGAGAAGAGGUAGACGUUCUCGUGACGCUGCAUCGGGGACCUUCUGAUCGAGCUGGCCUUACGUACGUAAGCUGCCUCGAGAGGUUGGGUUGUGGAAUUUAGCCAAAGUCCUAUGGCAGUGGGGCUUGUCGUAGUACAGACUCUUUGUGGAAGAGGCAGACGCUAAAAGGAGCUUUCGACGAGCAAUUCCCAUGUUCAAGAGCGUAGCGCAGCUCAGGCGCAAGCCGCAAAGUGAGCUUUGCAGCUUGCAAUAUGCGCUCAUUGUAAGUCCCUAGUUUGUUGUCGAAGGGGAGCUCGGAGGUGCCAUGGACAGCCUCAAGGAGCUGGUGGACGUGCUGGCUGCCCAACCCAGCACAGCUGCCCCCAGACUGCGGGGAAUUCUGUCCCUUUGUUCCCCUGCGCUCAGUGCCAAGCAACCAUCUGCAACCAAGAAUGCCCCCCUCCCUCACUCCCCACCUGAAGUUACCCCCCGUCAGCUGGACAGUGUCCUCGCUCUCGCCCGCUUCCUCGCCGCAUCGCAAGGCCAGUUCCGCCAGCAACUGCUUCCCUACGUACUUGGAUUUUUAAGGGCUCUUCUAGUUUCCCCGGCAGCCACGGCCAGCCUGGGUGCCAAGUCCCCCUUCUUCCCCCAGAUUCUCAAGCCCCUCUUUGAUCUAGCUUGCAUUGAUGCGGAGAGCCAGAAAAGUAUAAGCGGGGCGGUGGCUGAGAUCCUUCAGGAGAUCACAAAGGUGACUCAGCUCAGUCAAGGAGAGGAACCUCUCCUUCCAGUGGUACAGGAGUUUUUGGCUGCCCUUGGCGAGGGCCCAGUGCCGCUGCUCGGGGAUGAUGCAGAACAUGUCGCAAAGUGGCUCCACGAACGGUGGAUUGGCAACCCCUCAUCUCCGGGGUUGCAUCUCCGAGCAAACGGCCAGCCUAAUGGCGGGGAGCACGGAAAGCAAGCGAAUGGGAAGGGGGAUACGGAUGGCCCCAGCAGUCGGUCCCCCAGCGUGGCUUCAUUAUCUGAGAGCGGCGACGAGAUCUCGGAGUUGCAUUUGGGGGCUAGCAGGUCGAGCGACAGCUUGCGAGCGGUGGUGGACGAGGGGCCGUCGGUGAUAGAACGCCGGGAGUGGGCGUUCCGCAUCUUUGCCCAGCUGCUGCCGCAGGCGAGGGUGAAUGGGGGGCCAGACGAUGCGCAUCUUCUGGGAGCAUUCCGGGAUCGAGCAAGCAAGCAGCUGAAGAUGAUGGUCCACACGCUACAGCCCCACACCUCCGAGCUACCCCCCCGGCGUGACGUCGAGGCGCGCUUCCUUGCCAGCAGCGCUGCGGGUCAGGUCCUGACGGGGCUGGCUGCAUUGGAGCCUCAGGGAGCGGGCAGCGUGCGCAUGACCUCAGUGCGGCAAGCGGCCAACCUGCUCUUGGACGUCGUCGAUGCGGCUGUGCUGUCCAAGUGGCGCCACCUUCCGAGCUGCCACCGCCUGGUUGAUGAUUUGUUGACCUGCCUUGUGCGCAUCACGAGCGCCCACCCCGGAACUUUGACUCGCGACGUCUUUGUGCGGCUCCGCUCGGUGGUUCUCAACACGGCCAUCAGCCAGAGCCGCUCGGCGGGGGCCGCAGAGUGGGCCGGGGAGCUGCCCCAGGAAGCCGACCAGAUAUCUCCCCUGGCUCGGUGCGCCCUGCGUGCUGCCGCGGCACUGCUGCAUGACACGUGGCCGCAGGACGAGGCGGUGUGCCUCACGUUCAUGCUGGCGCUGGGCUCAAACGCGCGUCCCCAGGAGGGCGACAGCGGCACGACUGUAGUGUGGCGCAGGAACCUCAUCACCCUAGUUGCGGAGCUGGCGCUCGAGGCAGGGCUGCCCAAGGUGGCGGAAGCUGUGGCGUCGGGGCUGCUGGAGACGCUGCAAGAGCCCACGGGGGCCGUAACCGGCCCGACACGGUUGCGGCUGCUGGACGCUCUGGCGAAAGUGGCGGGGCUGGGCGUGGGGACCGCGUACCGGGAAGUGGUCGUGCUGCUCGUGCGCCUCUACCUCACGCACGUGCAGGCUUCCAUGGACUCCGCUUCCACCGCCGACUCCUCUCACCGGCUCGAAGGAGACGAAGCUCUUCCCGCCGCGUUCCUGCACAUCGCCCAGUCGCUCCCGGAGGGCGAGCAGCGGGCGGACUGCCGGGUACGGCUGUUGGCCCUAGCUAGCGACGUGGGGCUCAUCGUGGAGUCCCGGGAUACGAGCGCGGGGGGACCCAAGUGCCUGGGGAGGCUGCUGCCGGCCAUAGCGGAGCUCUGCAGAGGGUGGAGCCCCGAAGCAGCCGUGCCAACACAGGAGCUUAAGCUGUUCCGCAACCUGUGGUUCUACAUCGCACUGCUCGGAUUGGGACCUCCUCUCCCCAACGCUGCCCCCAGCGUACCCCGCCCGCUGACCAAAGGAACGGCCAAGCUAGUCAAUACCAGCAUGCGGGCAGUUACAGGGCCCUACGCCUACCCCGCCGUCUGGAUUGAGGCCGUGGAGACCAUUGCCGAGGGCACUCCCCCUCUGGUGGUGAGCAGCACGCAGUGGGUGGAGGACGAGGAGGAGCUCACCGCGCUCCACCAGCCCGGCAGCCGCAGCGGCAGCGGCAGCGAGAAGGCCGCCACGCUCCAGCGGGCCGCGCUCGCCAGCGCGCUCGCCAACAAAGUAGACGCCAACGCACUGCUCACCAUCUCCGGCGUGAAAGCGACCUACUUGCUCGCGGUGGCUUACCUGGAGAUGCUGCGCCUCUCCCGUCUCGGGGGGGUCCUUCCUCCGGGCCUGCAGCGGCAGGGCUUGGCAGCAGGGGACUCCCGUGGAACGAGCUGGCUUGCCUGCACUUUCAAGUACCUGGAGGCGCCAAAUCUCACCGACCAGGUGCGCGCCUGCCUGGAGGCCAUCACGUCCCGCGCCUUCUCGUCGGCCGUGUCCACUCUGCGCCGCGCCGCAGCCACCGCAGGAGAGGAGAGCGUAGUGCACGACGCGAUCGCGGGGCAUGCCUGCUUCCUGCUGGGCGCCACCACGCACUUCAUCUCCACAGUGGCUGACGUGGCGGACCGCCUGCUGACGCACCUGCGAAGCAGCUUCCCCGAGAUCUUGUGGCACCCUCGGUGUAUGACCUACAUCUUGGAGCUGCUCGGCCGCGCCCCCUCCGAAAACCUGAAUGCGGACGCCCAAGCGGUGCUGCAGUCUCAGAGGGCGCUCCAGGAGCGCGUCCGCGAGUGGCUGUCCCUCGCCAUCACGCUCGCGCCUGUUACCAUGCAAGGCCUCCUGCAGGAGCAUUUACAGCGGUUGCAGCAGUGGCCGGGGCCCCUGCAGUCAGGCGACUUGCUUACAGUGCUGGCCGGAGUUCAGGGAGGGCCACCUCCGGGCGGUAUUCUGGCGGCCGCCACCUCCGCGGCAGCAGCCGGGGGAGCGGGGGCUGCCAAAGGCACCAGUGAUGGUGUCUCCGCCGGGAUCCUGGCAGCGACGAUCAAGUCCAAGUACGCCGGCGAAGUGGCGGGCAUGCGGCGCCUUUACCAGACUCUGACCGGAGCCUCCGCCACGUCACCCCCCGGGCAGGCCCUGUCCCAGCUACUGUCGCUGGGCAGCGCUAAGUACGUCUCAGCGGAGGGGGCCAAAACAGGGCCCUCGGCGGAGGAUUUCGACGAGUUACUAGUUCUGCGAUUUGUGAGCAAUUUGGAGCACUGCCGCGACCAGGCGCAGAAGGGGGGGCGGCCGGAGCAGGACGCGCUGCGGGAGACGUGCCUCCGAGGGGCGGCGCUGCUGCUUGCAAGCAAUCCCGGCCAUUCUCAGCUCCGCCCCCCCUACCAGCGCCUCCUCCGUCUCCUCGCCUGGUGCCCCGUCCUGGUCUUCACCCCCGCUUCCCUCGAACUGGGGGUCUUCGUCUGGACUUGGCUCCUCUCAGCAGCGCCCCCCCUGACGCUGCGCCUCCUCGCUGAGCUGACCGACGCGUGGCUGCACUGCGCGGCAACUAGGCGCGGCCUCUUUUCCACCAUCCCCGCGGAGCAGGGCGAGCGCGCCCUGCUGCGGCCGCAGGUGACGCCGGGAGAGUCCGAGGGACCCCCCGUCAGGGAUCCCGUGGAGGCGAUCCACGCGCACCGGCUGUGGCUCGGGUUUUUCCAGGACAGGUUCCAGGUGGCGCGCCACGGCCGCCGCGAGCAGCUGGCCCUCCUCGGCCGUCUCUUCUCCCCCUUCGCCCGCCCGCCCGCCCUCACGCGCCACCCCGCCGCAGCCGGCACCGUCUUUAACUACCUCUUACUCGGCCUAGAGUACUGCGCUGUUCGGUCCCACUCCCCCGCAGUCGAUCUGCUCCACGACCAGAUCCUGCGCGCGGCGCUGGCCUGGUUUGAGACCCCGCCCGCUUGGUACGACCACAGAGAUGUCCUUCUGGAGAGGGCGGAAGCGGGAGCUUUGGUCGAGUUUGCACGGGCGCUUGAAAGGGGGCCGGGCCAAAAGAGGGGCGCGGAAGUGAAGGGCAAGCAUCCGGUGUGGGGGAUGGAGGUGCCGGGGGGGGCGGCGCGGCGCGGGCAGCUGCUGGCGAGCUUGGUGCGGCACGAGGCGGACCGGCUGCUGACGUGGGCGAACCCGCUGAAACAAGACGCUGUACAAAACUUCCGCUUACCCGCGUUCAGUUGGGGGGAAGCCGUCUCCACAGCUUGGGCCGUCUCCCCCCGACUUGCCAUCGCGCUCGUGUCUCGCUUCCCCAGCAUCGCCCCCAUUCACACUGCCGUUACGUCUCUGGUUGCGUCUCAUAUCCCCUCCCUGAUUGGCGUCGCGGAGGCUCUGCCCUUCUUCGUGACUCCUGCGGCGGUGGCGGCGGACUCUCCCGUGCUGAACCAGCUCGUUUACUGGGCGCCCUGCUCCAUCGCCCAGGCGCUGGACCUGCUGACCCCCGCGUUUGCGGGCCACCCGCGCGUGAUGGCGUACGUGCUGCGCGUGCUGCAGGGGUACCCCCCCCAGUCCGUCAUGUUCUUCAUGCCGCAGCUGGUGCAGGCGCUGCGCUACGACCACGGCGGCCUCAUCGAGGGCUACCUCAUGGCCGCCGCGCAGGACAGCAACCUCUUCGCGCACCGCCUCAUCUGGCAGCUCCAGGGCGAAGAGGCCCCCCCUCCCGGCGAGGCGGACCCGAAGCACCCGGUCGCGCCGAACGCGCUGUGGGACAUCGUGGGCCGUGUGAAGCAGCGCAUUGUGGACGGGUUCAGCCCUGAGGCGCGCAGCGUGUUCGAGCGCGAGUUCCACCUCUUCGACAGUAUCACGGCCAUCAGCGGCAAGAUCAAACCGCUGCCGAAAGAGCAGCGCCGGGCCGCCAUUAAACCGGCUCUGGAGGGCAUCGAGGUAGAGGGCGGGGACUGUUAUUUGCCGACGGCCCCCGACAAGCUGGUGGUGGGCAUACAGCGUGACAGCGGCGUCGCGCUCCAGUCGGCCGCCAAGGCGCCCUUCCUGCUGGCUUUCGACGUGCGGGACAGGACGGGGGAUCCCUCCGCGGUGCACACGCAGGGCUGCAUCUUCAAGGAGGGCGACGACUGCCGGCAGGACGUGCUGGCUCUCCAGGUCAUCUCCCUCCUGCGCGACAUGUUCGCCGCAGUACACCUGGACCUCUACCUCUGCCCGUACGGCGUUCUGCCCACCGGGUACGAGCGGGGGAUCAUCGAAAUGGUGCCUAACACGCGCAGCCGCACCCAAAUGGGCGAGGUCACGGAUCACGGCCUGUUUCAAAUGUACCAGCAGGACUACGGGCCGGUCGGGAGUGCCGCGUUCGAGGCGGCGCGGAAUAACUUCAUUGUGAGUUCGGCGGGGUAUGCGGUGGCGAGCCUGCUGCUGCAGCCAAAGGACCGGCACAACGGGAACCUGCUGUACGACAACAAGGGCCGGCUGGUGCACAUCGACUUCGGGUUCAUUUUGGAGAUCUCGCCGGGCGGCAACAUGCGCUUCGAGAGCGCCGACUUCAAGCUGAGCCACGAGAUGACGCAGCUGCUCGACCCCAGCGGGGCCAUGAGGAGCGACUCCUGGGCGCGCUUCGUCAGCCUGUGUGUGAAGGGCUACUUGGCGGCGCGCGUCCACGCGGAGGCCAUCAUCUCGACCGUCAAUCUGAUGGUCGACAGCGGCCUGCCCUGCUUCAGCCGGGGGGACCCCAUGGGCAACCUUCGCAAGAGACUGCACCUAGAAAUGACGGAGAGGGAAGCCGCCAACUUCAUGAUCGCCACGUGUGAGGACGCGUACAACAAGUGGACGACCUCCGGCUACGACGUCAUCCAAUACCUCCAGCAAGAUAUUCAGCACUGAAACGUGCAGACCAGAACACAUAUGCUCGAUCACAGCCGAGUUUUUGAAGACCAGUGCGUAUGCGUUGCAUAUGUUAAAUAAGAAUUUGCAACUUCCAUUCUCAGGUGUGCCUUUAUUCAAACAAGUCUGAGAAGUUGAGAACAAUGUGUCUCUGUUCGUUUGCCACAGCC